CCCAAAUUGUGAAAGUUAAUUAACGGGACAUGCUAAAUGCUAAUAAUUACCACAGAACAAUUCUGAAUUACUAUUUUCGUUGUAAUAAUUCUUAAGUUUUCCUUAAAUUUUAAAUUAUACAUUUAUAUCGACUCGAUUACACUAAUGGUAGCGGAUUAAUUGAUCAAUUAUUCUCGGAAGUUUACAAAUCUUAUGGACAAUGGCAUCCAGAAGAAUGCGUUCGAGUUCGAUUGAAUCGAAUUAUUUACCCAGUUCAAGUUUGAAUUUUAGAUCUGGAAGCAAAGGUACAAAACUUGUACGGGAACCAACGACAAUUUUCGACACUCUCCUUACGGUUAUUUUGUUUGGCUGUAGAAAAUAUUUGUUCUUCUCGACGCAGAAACGGCUGUUUGUUUAUUUCGUCCUGUUGGUUUCUUCGAUCGUAGGAGACUACGUCAAUGUACCCAAGAUAUAUUUUGCCGACAGUUCAACGUUCCUCAACCAAUACUUUGUGAAACUCGGAUGGUUCUGGACUACGUUAUUGACGGCGUCUUUCAUGGUGACAACGUGCAAAGUGUUUUACACGGACUCCAGACAAAAAAUUGCCAAGCACGUCUCUCGCCUUGUCGUUGCUACGUUCUUCUGGUACUUUUGGACAAAAAUGUUCAAUUGUCUGGACGAUUCAUACGGAACAUGUUCGGAAAAAGGACUCAAAAGAAUUGAAUGCAGAAAAGCUGGCAAAGUCUGGCAAUCAUUUGACAUCUCCGGCCAUGUGUUCAUAUUGAUUUACAGCAUACUCGUAAUGAUUAGCGAAGCAAGGCCAAUAAUUGGCUGGGACAAAAUACAAGAUGCAAUAAUCGCUGAAGACAACGCGAGGCAGACGGGCAAAAAGGCCAAACUCAAUUAUCUCAAUGAGAACGAUUUAAAUACUCUUAAAAUCGCCUACAAACAGAUGACACCUUAUGUGAAAUUUGUUUUCAUUGUCAUUGCGAUAUUUGUUGCAAUUUGGGAGCUGAUGCUUUUGACGACAAUGAUGUAUUUCCAUAAAAUGCCCGAAAAGCUGUUGGCCGGCUUGAUUGCAAUGCUUACUUGGUUUCUUACAUACAAAUUAUGGUAUACCUCGCAAUUUUUACCUCUACUGCCCGGACAAGGGUUCUUUAAUUAUGACGCUCUCCAAAAAAGCGAUUUGAGUUGAUCUAAAUAGUAACGCUUUUCUUCUACUUUUUUUUCUUUGUUACAUUAUGUUUGGUGAUAUGUGGUGUUCUGUCUUGUUUUUGUUUAUUUUUUAAUGACAAUUAAAUGUUUUUGGUUGAAGCUCAAAAUGUGUUCAAGAAAAAUUGUAAAUAGUAUAAGCAUUAAUUAUAAAUACUAGUAUUUAUAAUCAAUGGUAUAAGGUAAAAUAAUUUAAGGUAUUUUUAAAACAUACAAGUUAUUUUAUUUAGUAGUAUGAUAUUUUUUGGAUUUGGAUAUAUUAUAUUAUUGAGUUGUGUUAAUUCUAAGUAAUUAAUACAUUAUUAUUUUUAAAAUAUA